UGCAUGUCACCAAAAAUAAAUUCGAUUUACCGCUGCUACUUCAGCGUAUCUUCUUCCCCAAGAACUUUCUUUCCUAACCAAUUAGAUCCCAAAACAAAGCCGAUAAGUUAUCCCCAAUUUCCCCAGUACACAAAACCUUUUUCACUCUCUCCCUCUAAUCCCCGGUCAUGGGACGUAAGAAAAUUGUCACAACCGUGGAACAAGUAUCGGACGUUGACGACGGCGUUCUGCUCCCAGACUAUAACCAGCCUCCGCCUCCGACUCCUUUUAUCGGCGGCUCUGUUAUUCCGAUUGUUAAUAAGCUACAAGACAUAUUUGCGUCGCUGGGGAAGGACCAACAGGAGCAGCUUUCGAAGCUGAAGCUGCCGCAGGUGGCGGUUGUUGGUGGCCAGAGUAGCGGCAAGUCUAGCGUCCUUGAAGCCCUAGUCCGCCGUGACUUUCUCCCCCGUGGCUGCGAUAUUUGUACUCGCUGUCCCCUGGUUCUGCAGCUGGAGAACCGUCCGUCCCUGCCCGGUGAUGAGGAUGACGGUCUCGAGUGGGGGGAGUUUCGUCACUUGCCUGGCCGAAAGUUCUACGAUUUCUCUGAAAUUUGCCGCGAAAUUCAGGUUGAGACUGAGAGAGAAGCAGGGCUAAACAAAGGAGUUUCAGAUAAAGAAAUUAGAUUGAAAGUUUCUUCUCCAAAUGUUCUUAAUAUAACCCUCAUUGAUCUGCCUGGGAUUACUAAGGUACCUGUAGGGGAUCAACCAAAUGAUAUAGAAGCAAGAAUCAGGGAAAUCAUAAACUCCUACAUAAGACAGGAAACUUGUAUCAUAUUGGCUGUUACUCCUGCAAACUCAGACUUGGCCACUUCUGAUGCGCUUAAAAUGGCUAGAGAGGUUGAUCCAGCUGGUUCUCGUACAAUUGGUGUGAUUACUAAGCUUGAUAUAAUGGACAGAGGUACUGAUGCACGCAAGUUUUUGCUUGGAACUAUUAUUCCUCUUCGUUUAGGAUAUGUUGGUGUCAUCAACCGCAGUCAAGAGGAUAUUAACAAGAAUCGUAGUAUUGCAUCAGCACUUGCUUAUGAGGAACAGUUCUUCCGUGAUAAUCCAGUAUACAAUGGCCUUAAAAAUUCUUGUGGCAUCCAGCAUUUAGCAAGGAAGUUAAAUCAGGUUUUGGAACAGCAUAUUAGAGUUGUUCUUCCUAAUUUGAGAAAAGAGUUAAAUAAUCAGUUUGUUACUGUGGCAAAAGAGGGGCAUGCGUUGGGAGAGGUUAUGGAAUCAAAAACAGAGCAAGGUGCAAUUUUGUUGAAUAUUCUGACAAAAUAUUGUGAAGCAUUUUCUGCUAUGGUGGAUGGGAAAAGUGAAAACCUGUCAACAACAGAGUUGUCUGGGGGAGCAAGGAUUCACUACAUUUUUCAGUCAAUUUUUGUAAAGAGCUUGGAGGAAGUUGAUCCUUGUGAUGAGGUGACCGAUGAGAAUAUUAGAAUAGCUAUACAGAAUGCAACUGGUCCAAGAAAUGCUUUAUUCGUGCCAGAAGUCCCAUUUGAAAUUCUGGUUAGAAGACAAAUUUCUAGGUUGCUAGAUCCUAGCCUUCAAUGCUUACAGCAUGUUUAUGAAGAACUUAUUAAGAUGAGUCAUGAUUGUGAACCAGAAGAAGUAAAAAGGUUCCCAAGGCUGAGAAGGCAGUUGGAGGAUGUCACACUAAAGUUUUUGCAUGAUGGGUCAAAACCUGCUGAAAGGAUGAUAACAAACAUGAUUGAGAUGGAGAUGGGUUAUAUAAAUUCCUCCCAUCCAAAUUUUAUUGGCGGGAAACGCGCUUUGGAGAUUGCUGUGGAGCAUGUAAGAGCUUCUCAGGAUGGUAGAGAUGUUCAAAGUAACGCAUCAGAGAUGGGCCAGAUGUCUCAAUCAAAUCCAUCUCGGUCUGAUAUUGGUGCUUUCCCAAACCAGGCUGGUCAACCUCAGUCAAAUGGUGAAAGAACUGCAUCAAUAGGAAAUUCAACCACAAGGACAUGGGGUAUUUCAUCCAUAUUUGGAAGCCGCUUAACCUCAGGAGAAACUUCAUCCAGUAGAGAGCCUGGGAAAACUAUGCAUGAUAUUAAUCAAGCACCUUCCAUUAUUCACCUUACCGAGCCACCAUCCUUAUUAAGGCCGCUGGAAAGAGGAACAGAGUACCAAACUGAGAUUAUAGUUAUGAAAUUGCUUCUUCAGUCAUACUAUGACAUUGUUCGGAAGAAUGUUCAGGACUUGGUGCCAAAGGCUAUAAUGCAUUUUCUGGUCAACGAUAUUAGAAGGGAUCUUCUUGGCAUAUUCAUAAAGAAAUUGUACAGAGAAAGCCUUUUUGAAGAGUUGUUAUGGGAACAUGAUGAUGAUGUCUUGAAAAGAAAACAGACUGGUGAAAUGUUUCUUAUUCUGCAACAAGCUAUUCAGACGCUUGACAAGGUUGUCGCUGAUGUUUCUUCUACAACGCCAAGCAGUGAUACUAAUGACGCCUCAAUUUUGCCAAGGUUCCAUUGACCUUUCUUCUGAUUAUUUCUUCUGAUUGUCUAGCUUGGCGAUUCAAUGCUGAACCAGCUGAUAUCAAACUCAAGACACUAGAUUCUUUCUUGAAGACAAUAGGCGAUCAUGCAGCUUAAUUCCAUCAUUAUGAGCAGGUGGAGAUUGAUAAAGGGGUAUAGAGCAACAUAAAGUUAUAUAGUGUUAGUAUAGGUUAGCUAGAUGAAAGUUUUGACAGGCAUAUAUAGUAGGUGGGUCGGAUAAUGAUGUUUAUUUAAGGCACAGCUAGUAUAGGAGUUGGAAACGUGGUAUGUUGUUUAUGUAUAUGUUAUAUGCAGUUCUGGUGUAAGUUGAAACAUGACAAGAAAAAAGAACAAAAUCAACGUUAUAGAAUGAUGGAUAUGACUUCUCUUUCGAUUUUCAAA